CAAUCUGUUGCUCUGACCUACCAGAGCCCCAAUCCCGGCUCAUUAAAAAUCUUCUCUAGUCUACUGCGCUACGCCAGCUGCUGCCGAGCGUCGUCGCCGACGCCUCACGGCCCAAACCCUAACCCACCUCUCACGCGCGUCGCCGCCACCAUCGCCGUUCCCAUUCCACCUCGUCACGUCCCUGCCGUAUUCACCCCGUCCGAAACCUUGGACAUUGGUUUCUGAAGGCCACCAGGUUACCUAGAAUCAUCAUGUCAGGAAGAGAUCGCCUGCCGCGCCGUUUUGUCGAAGAUGGAAGGGGCUAUGUUGACGCCCGUGUGGCUGAGGAUCGCAGGGGUCAUCAUCCUGGUAUCCGAGUGGUUGAUGAUCGUAGGGGCCAUCACGAGAUCCGUGUAGUCGAAGAUCGCAGAGCCUAUCCUGCAGUUCGUGUGAUUGAGGAUCGUAGAGCCUACCCUGAGAUUCACGAAAGGCCGCUCAUGAGGGUGGCUCCUCGCUCUCACCUGGAUGUCCUAGAGGAAGAAAUUCAGUUGCACGAGAUUGAUUUCCGCAGGCUUAUGGCUGAUCGUCAUGCUCUAGCUGAGGAACGGAUGGAGUUGCACAGGGAGUUGCAAGCCGGAAAGGAGGAGGUCCGUCACCUUAACAUGAUCAUCGCAGAGAUUAAUGCCAAGAAGGAAGCUUAUAUCAGCGAGCUCGUUGACAAGAGAAGGAAGCUUGAAGCUGAACUUAGAUCAAAUGAGCCUUUGAGAGAUGAGGUUGUGCAUCUUCGUGGUGAAAUCGAGAAGCUCCUUGCUGUUAGGAAAGAACUCUCUGCAAAGGCUGCAUCACUCAUGCAGGAGCUGAGUAGGGAGAGAUCUGAUAAACAACAGUUACCUAUGCUGAAAGCAGAGAUUGAGGGCCUUCAACUGGAACUUACCCAUGCAAGGAAUGCAUGUGAAUUGGAGCAGAAGGGGAAUUUCGAGUUGGUGGAACAAAGGAAAGCAAUGGAGAAGAGUAUGAUUUCGAUGGCACAAGAAAUUCAACAAAUGCGGGCCGAAUUAGCUAAUUUUGAUGGCAGACCAUGGGGCACAGGUGGAGCACAUGGGAUGAAGCUGGGCAGUCCUGAAGCGACCUUCCCUACUCAAUAUGGAGAUAAAUACAAUAUACAUGCGGGAGUUUCUGAGAAAGGUCCUUCGCACCCUCCUGAAUCUUCGUGGGGCACAUUUGAGAAGAACCGUUUCCAGUACCGCUAAGACCCCAGCUGCUACAUUCCGGGGAGAAAGAAUCACCUCUAGGUUGAAUCCUCAGUUGGUCUUUUCCUCUGAUGACAGAAGAUGUAUUUGUUCAUGUGAAGGAGCCGUCACUGCCAGAAAACAGUAAUAAAUAUGGUAACGGGGAUAACUGUUGCCUUUCUGACGCUGAAGGUUCUAUGCCAGUUAACUGAUACAUCUAGAGAUGCGCUCUUCUAAAACAUCAUAUUUUCUAGACAUCCCUGAAAAGAGAUCAAGAUGGAUUAUCAUACCAGUUGGAGAUAUGGGAAAUGGUUAAAUCAGUCAAGAGUGCCCUAGCAACACUUGGAAGGUCUUGAAUGUGGGCGUGUGGGCGUGUGGGCGAUUGGGUUCAUUUGCAGGCAUUAAGUUUUGUUGUGGUUUUGGGGGAAGAGUGAACUUGUGCCAUAGAAGUUUCUGGUUGUCUGGAAGCCCCUGUUCUGUGUCACUGUCGUGAUAAUUUCCUUUCUCCAUAGGGAAGUUGAAAAGAGAUUCUGCUACAAAUUGUAUAGCAGUGAAGCCCCUGUUGGUGGAUUGAACUGUGCCUGGCCAUGAUGCUUCCAGUUGCUGCAUUUGGAUGUAGUCACCAGUUUGUCCAGCAGUGAAGCGCAAGUCAGCAUAGCUGUCUGAUGCUUAAGAUGUCAGGAAUAAAAUAAGUUGCUCCCUACAUGCGCUGGAGGCAAUGAAGACACGAUUUCAGAAGAGAGGUGCAUAUUACACCCCCCAACUCUAGCCCUAGUCUAAUAUACACCCCUCAACUUCAAUACCGUCUAAAAUACACCCCCAACUCUCAAAACCGGCUAGAAUUCAACUCUCCCUCCCUGUUGACCGGUUUUGACCCAGUUUGACCGGUUUUGAUUGAGUGAACAGUAAAAAAUAAAAAAUUAAAAACAAAAAAAAUAAAAUUCAAAAAGUUCCAAGUUUUUGCACCGCGUGAACAGUAAAUUCAAAAAAAAUAACCUUUUCAGCAUGUUUGGAUACCUGAGUAAAUUUGAGAUGUCCGUAAAUUCGAAAAAUAUUCAAAAUUUUCAACAUGAUGAACAGUAAUUCGGGAAAAAAAUCCAAAAAAAAUCACCACGCGCUCACACAUAAUUCAUGCAAAAAAGGGUUUUAAAAGAAAACCGAUUUUACUAUUCACCAAGCUGAAAUUUUGAAAAAAAAUUUGAAUUUACGGACAUCUCGAAUUUACUCAGGUGUCCAAACAUGCUGAAAAGGUGAUUUUUUUUAAUUUACUGUUCACGUGGUGAAAAAAACUUGAACAUUUUUGAAAUUUUUCAAAAAAAUAUUUAUAGUUUUUAAAAUUUUAUUUUUACUGUUCACUCAGUCAAAACCGGUUAAACUGGGUCAAAACCGGUCAACAGGAAAGGGAGGGUUGAAUUAUGGCCAGUUUUGAGAGUUGGGGAGUGUAUAUUAGAUGAUAUUGAAGUUGGAGGUGUAUAUUAGACUAGGGCUAGAGUUGGGGGGUGUCAUAUGCACUUCUCUCAUUUCAGAAUCCCCCAAGGACUCACGUUAUGCUGUUUUGAUGAUCAUGUUGUUGGUAA